AUGGAUGAAUGCUCCGAUGCCCAUGUUCGGUCGCAGGACCAGCACAAGACAAGGGCGUGUAUGAACUGCGCAAAACUCAAGAUGAAGUGUCAGUGGCCUAAUUCUGGUUCUGGGCGACCGGAAAAGUCAUGUUCGAGAUGUUUACGGAUGAAGCUCGACUGUCAAGUACCAGAAGUCACACAACGAAGGAAGCGAGGCAAGUCAACAAGAGUCGCGCAGUUGGAGAAAAAGAUUGACGGCAUCGUCUCUCUCCUCGCGGCGAACCAGCGCCAAAACCUCUCCCCUCUAACCCCCGAAAGUCCCAAGGAACAAACUCAACCACAGCCUCGAUCAAUGUCGUCGCUCUCAGUAAGCCCGGUAUCCUUGGACGUGAUCCCACAUGGACCCGAUAUCCCUCCAAACCUCACCCCCAGUGUCGAACUCUUCCCAGGCUUUCGCAUCUCGCACCAACAAGCAUCGGAGCGGCUGGCCCUCUACACAAGGGACUACGUGCCGCAUUUUCCCUUUGUGGCUUUGUCAGGUGCUAUGACAUCGCAAGAACUGUACAUAGAGUCGAGCCUGCUAUUCUGGACCAUCCUGGCGGUUGUAUCACCGUUGGAAGACAAGGUGCAGAUGGAGUUCAAGGCGUGGUUCCGAAAGUAUCUGGCCGAGCACGUUAUCGUGAGGCAAGAAAAGUCUGUGGAUAUCCUACAGGCUAUUCUAAUAUACCUUGGAUGGAACGACUUUCACUUCUACGGAGAGCUUCAAGUUACGAAUAUCGUCCAGAUGGCCAUCGGGCUGGUCAUCGAUCUACGACUGGACAAGUUUGCCGGUUCGUUUCUAGGCGGACCAAAGACUUUACUCGGAGAUGCGUGGACUACAAUGGGAAGGGCUUGCUUGAAGGGAAAAGUCUACCAGACAUCGGCCGACAAACGUGCUGUGCUGGGCGUCUACCACAUUACAAACUUACUCAGUUCGAAUUUCCGCAAGAGCACGCUUGUAAACUGGAGCACUCACCUUUCGCAGUGCUGCGACAGUCUUGUCGCGAGCAACGAGUUCGAAUCAGAUGCAUACCUCGUUUCGCUGGUUCGCAUGCAGCACAUGGCCGACCGUGGCUUUAGUAUUGUACCAGCUAUUGAUCUUUUGGAUCCUACACCAACGACUUUCAACGCCGUGACAGCCAUGGCUCUCGAUAAUGUCCAUCGCGAAAUAGACAAGUACUUUGAAGCGCAAUCAGACGCUGUGAAACAAACACCUGGCUUCAAAGCUCACUACGAUUCUCUCAUUGUUCGUCUCUACGAGCCUGUCCUCACCAUGAAACCAGCCGGCUUUUUAACAACCGACGCACCACUCAACGAACCCUUCAUACGCGCCGAAUAUAUUUGGAAGUGUCUCGAAGCCGUCCGCAGCGCACUAGAGUACCAAACAACCGUGCCAGCCUCGAUAUACUCCAUUCUCCCCUGCACAGUAACCUGUGUUCUCGCCUUUGUAACCGUAACAGCAUCCCGCCUCAUCUUUGCAGAGACCUCUUCCGACUGGGACGUCAAGGCUGCGCGUCUACGUUUACAAUUCCAAAACGUACUCCAAAAACUAAGCGACCAGUUCGCACAAGCAGACGAAGAAGCAGCACGACUCAACCGACGCCGAAGAGUGAUGGAGGAUGGGAGCAGCGUGUUUCUCAAGUCGAGUUUCAAGGUCAGAUGGAUCCGGCAGUGGUAUCUGUCCAAGAUUCCCCAAGAUGAGCAACGCGAGAUUGAACAAGCGCAAGCUGCUCUUGAGCCAUCGACUGUACUGCAGAGCAACCCGAAUUGGGCGGCAGAUUUCCAGUUUGAUGACGAGUUUUGGGCGGAUCUGAUGGCUGGGUAUGAUGUAGAGUCUUUGGAAAGGUCUCUAAAUUCGGUUACAGCAACUGUUCAUUAG